AUGCUUGCUUUCUCGUUCUCAGAAACAGGAAAACAUAGUUUGUUGAAAACAGAAGUUGACGAUGAAGACAAAGAAGAUGAUGAUGAAAUAAUAUUGCAAACCAAAUUAAUGACAAUAAUUGUUAUAUUACUAAUUUUCAACCCGUUGAAGAUUCCAGUGAAUGUUUUGAGACCAAUCAUCACUUUUAUAACUGGGAGAAUUCUGGCUUUCUCAUCUGGCAAUGAUACAUUUUUAUCGAAUAGGCUUUUGACAUAUUUUGGAGAUAUAUCAUAUUGUCUAUAUUUAAUUCAUUGGCCGAUUUAUUCAUUUUGGAAACUAAAACAUGAUGAAAAAUCGGAAUAUAUUGUCAUUUAUUUGUUUUUCUCAAUUAUUCUAUCAAUUUUGAUUUACAAUGUUUUUGAGAAAUGGUAUAUCAAAAUUUCAAAUACAAGAAUUGUUAUAUUAAUUGCAUUCUUAUUAUGUAUUAAUAUUUCAAUUCUAAACAAAGAUUUAUUCCGAAAACAAGAACCGUCCGAUGUUAUAACCGAAGAUAUGACAAUUGAUGAUGCAAAACGCUUCAAUCAUAAAUGGACAAUCCAUGAUACUCGAAACUUAAUUCAAGAUACUUGUGAAUAUGAAUCAACUAAACCAUUAGGAUGGUGUAGUGAGAGAAUAACCCAGAAAAAUGAGAGUAAUUAUAAAAUUAUGAUAAUAGGAAAUAGUUGGGCAGCAAAUCAUGGGAAACUCAUUUUUCAAGAAUGUGGAUCGAAAGCUAAUGCUAUGUUGAUUGGAGCAACUUAUGGUAAACAGAGACACAUCUUGAAUUGUAUUUUACUCGUUUGUUUUUUCAGCAUGUGAGCCGUUAUAUCCAACUAGAAAUUUGACAAAAUGCUAUAAAAACAUAACGAGUUUUGUUGAACGUGUUAGUGAAUUUAAACCGGAUUAUGUCUUCCAUAUAACUAGGUAAACUUCAUCAUGUUAUCCGAAAAAUAUUCAAAUUCCAGGCAUAUUUCAAUUGGAAAUUCUUCAAGUAAAUCAUCUGAAUAUGAUGAUGAUUCGAUAUAUCAAUUCAUGCUUGAUCGAACAAGAAUUUUAACACAAUACAUCAAAAAGAAACUAUUCAUUUUGAAUGCGAUUCCAAGAUCCUAUGGAAAAGAAAUUUCAAAAAUCGUAGAUCUUAUAAAAAACAAUGAAACAUUUGCUGAAAUAGAUGUGAGUCAUUUUUUAUCAAUUUUCAAAAAAAUGAAAGCAGAAAUUCAGAAACAUAUUACCGAUGAAACCGAUUAUUUAUUGGCAAGAAAACGAUAUGCUCAAUUAGUCAAAGAUUGCGGUCCGAAAUGUCAAUUGCUUGAUUAUUUUGAUCUGUUUUAUAGAAAUGAUACCCAAACGUUCCGAUUUUAUGAUGAUCGAGGAUUUUCCUAUCUCACUGCUAUCAAUCAUCUGUCACCAUAUGGAUUGGAAUACGUUAGAAAUGUAUAUAGAAAUUUAUGUAGAACUUUAUAA